ACCUCGGGUACCCUGGCGAUAUCUACGAGCAGUUUCUCUUGAGAAUGUACAACGAAGACAAAGCGAGCCACACAGAGAGCGAUUCGCGCGACUAUCUGGAAGCGAUCACCGCGAGCAAGAAGGACCCUUCGGAGUUAAUAUACUAUUUGCGCGAGGUGACAUUCAUUUCCUUACACGCGGCAACGCAUACCACAUGGCACACGUUGCUAUCCGCGCUGUCGAUGUUCGCCAUCUAUCCAGAGGUGCAGCAGCGCGCAGCCGACGAGAUCCAGCAGGAAAUCGGUCGCGGCGAGGUGACAACGGACUCCCUCGACAAACUGUCCUACUUGAAGGCAGUAAUCUCAGAAACUCUGCGGCUGUAUCCCGCAGUCCCGUACCCAUUGCGACUGACGAAGAGGGCGACCGUGGCGGGUGGCUUUCAAUUACCGAGGAAAAUCACGGUUCUGCCGCUGAUAAUUUCGGAAAAUAUGAACCCGUCGCGCUUUGUGGAUCCAAAAGCAUUCCGACCGGAGAGAUUUCUGGACGAUAAGGGCAAAUUUUUCCAUGAUCCAAAUCUGGGCACCUUCUCCAGAGGGAAGCGAGCAUGUCCCGGGAGAGAGUUCAGCUACAUGAGCUCAUCGAUAUAUUUGACAAAAAUUCUCCAACAUUUCACCGUGGCGCCUCCCAGCAAGAACGCCAAACUCAGUGAGAUUGGGGCAGACUUCUUCACGAGCGCCGGACGACUAGACGAGCUUCGUUUCAUGCGACGGGAAGGAGCACCUCCGAUCAGGGACGUACAAUUCGACACACGACUCUCCACAAUUGUUAGAGAAGUCAUUGCAGCGCAGGGUAAGAAGGAUAUUUGAGAAAAAAUAAAAUCCUUCGGCGAUGCAAA